CUUGCCUUCUCACAAGGGCCCCAGCUCGAAGGAUGCUGGGUGGGGCUAGGCUAGCUGCUAGCACAGGCUGGCUGGCGGCUGGGGACUGUUCAGUGCUUCUACUGGGGAAGAACAGAGCGUAAGAUGGAGCAGGGAAAGCAUCUGGCUGGCCUCAUCCUGGCUAUUACUCUUCUUCAAGGUACCAUGGCCCAGUUGAAAGAAGGAAAACAUUCAGUGCACUUGGAUGACAACCGAGAAGAUGGUUCAGUACUUCUGACUUGUGGUUUGCCUGACAAAAAUAUCAGAUGGUUUAAAGAUGGGAAGGAAAUAUGUUCUCUAAAUAUCAGUAGAAGUACUUGUAAUCUGGGAAGUAGUACCAAGGACCCUCGAGGGAUAUAUUGGUGUGAAGGAUCAAAGGAGAAUUCAAAACGACUCCAAGUAUAUUAUAGAAUGUGUCAGAACUGCAUUGAGCUGAAUUCAGCCACUGUGUCUGGUUUUAUCUUCACUGAAAUCAUCAGCCUUUUUUUCCUUGCUGUUGGGGUCUACUUCAUUGCUGGACAGGAUGGAGUUCGCCAGUCAAGAGCUUCAGACAAGCAGACACUGUUAUCCAAUGACCAACUUUAUCAGCCCCUUAAGGAUCGGGAAGAUGACCAAUAUAGCCACCUUCAAGGAAACCAUUCGAGGAAGAAUUGAGCCCAAGACUCAUAGUAGAUUUGCCUUUUUUGGACAAAUGGAGUCAUGCAAUACGCCGCUGCAGACAUUCUCAUUCAAGUCUUUGAGUGAACAUAUGUUUUCAUUUACCUGGGUUGAUAUCUAGGAGUGAAGAAUUGCUGAAUUGUAUGGUAAAUUUAUGCAUAAUAUUUUAAGAAACUGCCAGAGUGUUUUCCAAACUGAUCUUUUUACAUUUUCACGAGUGAUAGAUGAAUGAGGGUUCUUGCUGCGCUGCAUCCUCACAAAUAUUUGUUAUCUUUUUUAGUAUAGUCAUUAAAGUGGAUAUAAAAUAGUA